CUGCCCCGACUCCCGAUUUCCUGGGCCUCCCCGAAUUUAUAGGGGUCUUUUAUUCUUUUUCUCCCUCGGGAACUCGUUUUAGAGAGAAGGUUGGAAUUCAUUAUGGCUCCAAUUUCCAUCGCCGACAUCGUGGCGGCCCUCCCCGCCGAGGACACCUGGGGCCCCUCGUCCUCCGCUGAUAACAUGUUGAACGGUGUCCCAUAUGCCCCUUUCUCCAAGGGUGACAAGCUGGGCCGCAUGGCAGACUGGACUGCUGACUCUAAGGACCGCGACCGUGGUGGUCGUCAGGCCUACAACCGCAACUACAGAGACCAACAAGUGUACGGAGCUGGUGCCUCUAGCUUGUUCGCCGUUCAGGCCGCCGAAGAUGAAUCCUCAUUCUCCGUCGUCGACAACACUCGCACCUCCGCUAAGCGUACCUUUGGCCGUGGCGGUGGCACCGUCUUCCGUGGUCGUGGCCAGCGUGGCGGCGCAGGACAGAGAGGUGGCCGUGCUGGCUUCCAGCGUGUUGGUGCUGGCCGUGGCCAGGGUGGUGACCGCUACUAUGACAACCGCGGUGCUCGCGGCAACCGUGGACGUCGCUUCGGGUGGAAGGAUUAUGACAAGCCCCAGCGCACCCGCGAGCCCUCUGUCACUGUCCGCCCCGACUGGACUAUGCUGGAGGAGGUUGAUUUCAACCGUCUGUCCAAGCUGAACCUGGAAGCCCCCGAGGGUGAGGAUAUCGACUCCUACGGUUUCCUUUACUACUAUGAUCGUACCUACGACAAGGCCCCCGUCAAGAACGCCGAGCGCCGUCUGCAAUCCCUCGACCGAGCUGCAUACAAUGUCACCACUACUCAGGAUCCUGUCAUUCAGGAACUGGCGGAGAAGAACGAGGCUACCGUUUUCGCUACCUCGGACAUCCUCUCCAUGCUUAUGUGCGCCCCUCGCAGUGUUUACUCUUGGGAUAUUGUCAUCGUCCACCAGGGCAACAAGAUCUAUUUCGAUAAGCGCGAGUCUGCCUCUCUGGAUCUGGUGACCGUCAACGAGAAUGCUGCUGAUGCUCCUCUCGAGCUCGCGGAUUCUUCUAACAAGCAAGAGUCCCUCAACACUCCCAGCGCCCUUGCCAUGGAAGCCACCUUCAUCAACCACAACUUCGCUCUGCAGACGGUGGUCGAGUCUGAGAACUCCAAGGUGGAACUGAGCCACCCCAACCCCUUCUACAACGCCGACGAGGAGACCGAGUCUCUUGCCUCCAAGGGCUACAAGUAUCGCCGCUUCGACCUCUCUCUCGAGCGCGACGAGGAGCCUCUCAACCUGAUCGUCCGUACUGAAAUCGACGCUCUCGUGAAGAACCCCGUCAGCGGCGACGACCAGCAGUUGAUCGUCAAGGCCCUGAACGAGUUCGACAGCAAGGCCCAAGGCGCCGGUGGCUCCCUGGACUGGCGCAGCAAGCUGUGGUCCCAGCGUGGUGCGGUGGUCGCCACCGAGAUGAAGAACAACAGCUGUAAGCUUGCGCGCUGGACAACACAGGCCAUCCUCGCCAAGGCCGACGCCAUGAAGCUUGGUUUCGUGUCUCGUGCCAAUCCCCGCUCCUCCUCUGCGCACGUCGUCCUCGGUGUUGUUGGCUACAAGCCCCGUGAGUUCGCUGCUCAGAUGAACCUGAACCUGGGCAACGGAUGGGGUAUUGUGCGCACCAUUGUUGACCGCAUCCGUGCCUUGGAUGCGGAUGAGGAGGCAGACAAGAUCAGCAAGUACAUCCUGGUCAAGGACCCCAACCGUCCUGUCCUCCGCCUGUACAGUGUGCCCGCAAACACCUUCGAGGAGGAUGACGAGGAGGAUAUUGCUGGUGCUGAUGAGCAGGAGGAGAAGGGCGAGGAGGGCGAGGAAGAGGAGGAGGCAUAAAUUUCUUAAUCACUUUGUGCAGAUGAGAUGAUGACAUGUUCUAGU